AUGCCGAUCGACCUCGACUCCUGGUGCUCGUACUCGACUGAGAAGCAGAUUGUCGUGCGGCACCGCUGGGCCGGCAUUCUCUACUACUCGUGCUGCCUCUUCGUCCUGAUCUACGUCGUCGCCGUGCAGAUCAUCGCCAACCAGGGCUUCACGGCGUUCCAGGCCCUGAGUGGCACCGUCAAGGGCAGCUUCUUACCGCCCGCCUCGCUCUCGCCGGUCGAUUCGCUGCACUACUGCAACCAGUCCGCCAAACGGAGAGGCGCCGCGCAGCCGUGCGUGUCUUGGGACGCUUCGCUCACGACGCAGACCUACUCCAACGCGCUCCUCGUGGGCACGCGCGUCACGCGGCGGCUGCAGCGCCGCAACGCGUCGUGCGGCGAGCUACAGUAUGGCUGUGCCCCAUGGGCCCAGGCGCCCGACGAUGUGGUCUCUGCCUACGUCGGCGAUGUCGAGAGCGGGACUGUGCUCGUGCAACACUCCGUCUCGUCGCAGUCGGCGCUCUCUCUCUUGCCGGGCGGGCGCGACGCGCUCGACUCCUUCGGCCCUCGCAAGCCGGCCACGCUCACCGGCGCCGACGGCACGACCGUCGCGACAGUUCCGUGCGACGGCCAGAGGAGCGAGCACGACCCCCGGUGCGGCAAAGGGAGGGGCGACCUCUUCACACUCGGGCAGCUGCUCGCUGCGGCAGGCGUCGACCUCGACGCGCCGAGCCUCUCCUCCGUCGGCGAGACGAAGCGCAGCGCCGGAGUCACACUCAUCCUCUCCGUCGACUACCGCGCCAACCUCCUCACCAGGAGCGCGGACUACUCCUACCUCGUCAACGCCUCUCGGCUCGAGGCAAAGGCGACCUUCUUCGGCUCCUUCGCCUCCACCUUCGGCGCCGUCCCCAACGCGACCCGCGAGGUCUUCUCGCUGCACGGCGUCCAGCUCAUCUUCGAGCAGAGCGGCGGGCUCACCUCCUUCGAUUUCUUCACCCUCCUCCUCACCUUCGUCUCGGGCCUCGCCCUCGUCUCCAUCUCGAAGAGCAUCACAAACACCUUCCUUCUCUACCUCGCGCCCCGCCGCAACGAGUACCGCCUCUUCCUGCGCUCUCAGACACCGGACUUCGCGCCCGCCAACCAGGCCGAGCGGCGCGCACUCGCCGACCUCGUCGCCUCCAAGCGGCGUAAGCGCGCCAUCUGUGACGGCCAGCCGGCCGCCCCGGAGCAGUCCACCGAGCAGACCCUCGUUUCGCCGCUGGCGCCGCUCUCCGAGGAGCCGACCGCACCUCUCCGCGCGGGGAGCCGCGCAGAGUAGCGUCCAGCGAGCGCCUGGAUGGCGAACGUACGCGCGCUAGUACCGUGUAAUUGUACGUCAUGUUAUGCGAUGUGUGUGUCAUCUGUGUCGAUAUAGUCGUAAUAGACUAUUAUAGUGUGAUUGUGCACCCUUGGAGGUACACCUGUAGCAUC